GAGAGAGAGAGAGAGAGAGUGCGCGAGCAAGUAUUUACGCUGUUGUUUGCCUCCGGACACCACUCUACGUUAUCAUUGUCGCGUCCUUUACGAAGCGGACAAACGAAAACUAAGAAGCACUCAACGAAAAGUUUUGCUUUUUCAUUAAUUGGACACUUUUUCUGAGCGCUCGAGGACGCAGCUGCAGUCCGUUGUGAAGUUGGAGUCAAGGUGCUUUCAAACCUCCCUGUCCCUCCUUCAUCAUGUCCUCUGAGGCCACGCCUAUCCAAGGGUCACGACCUAUGACCCCUCCUCUGAAAACUCCAGGAUCGCCAAGUUCUGCCCCUUUGUCAACAGAGUCCCUCCGGCCUCCGGCGUGCAGACACAGAGAGCGCUCCCCCUCCCCUAUGAGAGGCUACCUCAUCCCCAGCCCCCUGCCCACCCGCAGGAACAGGACCUGCUCAGCGACUGCUCGUGCGUCGGAGGGUCCUCUGUUUACUGGCGUGUGUAAAUAUUUCUCCCGCUCCAAAGGCCACGGCUUCAUCACACCAUCGGAUGGAGGCAGCGACAUCUUUGUCCACAUCUCUGACAUCGAGGGCGAGUACGUCCCAGUGGAGGGGGACGAGGUCAGCUAUAAGAUCUGCUCCAUCCCCCCCAAACAUGAGAAGGUCCAGGCUGUGGAGGUGACCAUCACCCACCUGAACCCAGGGACCAAACACGAGACCUGGUCAGGACACGUCAUCAGCAGCUGAACGGGCCCAGCCUCAGCACGCGGGGGUGGGGCCGGGGGCGGGGUCACUGAUGUGUCUGUGGGAGGGAUUGGACGGGCUGAAUGGGCAGUAGAAAAAUAUGUGAAUGAUAUCAUCAUAUUUGACACAUGUGUAAACGUGGAAGGGCUCACCCAGCAGAUAGACAUGAUGUUUAUGAGUCCACAGUCCUAAUACUAGGUUUUUUCUGGGAUGUUUAAAUUGGAAACAUGAUCUGAUUCCUGAUGAAGUGGACAUUUCUUAAUCUCACUGUAACUCUGCAGCCUUUUAGCAUCACCUCCUGAGGCUGAUGUUGAGGAACACUCCCACUGUUUCAGCACCAGGGGUUGAUUUUUCAGGAGGUGUGUUUGUGUGUGUGUGUGUGUGUGUGUGUGUGUGUGUAUGUACCUACUGCCACUCAGAGCACUUACAGCUCUUUUGUGCCUACUCCCACAAAUCGACCAUCUGUUGCCUGUUUGAUCAUGUUUGGGUGUUUCUGUGAAUGAAUUAAAGCAUUUUCAACAGCUGC